CUUAUUCUUUCUCUCCAAAAUCAAAAUCAAAAUCAAAGUCUCUCUUCUCCCUUCUUCCUCUCCAGAUCUGGGUUUUCAAACCCAGAUCUGGGUUUUCUUAGGUUGUUGAACCGGCCUUUCGCUCGUCGCCGUCACAGCCGUUCCCUUCUUCCUCUCCAAAUCUGGGUUUUCAAACCCAGAUCUGGGUUUUCUUAGGUUUGUUGAACCAGCCUUUCGCUCGUCGCCGUCACAGCCAUUGCGAUCGCCUCCACCAUCACCCACAUCGCCUCACAGCCGUUGCGAUCCCAUCAUUCCUUGCUUCCUGAUUCAUCUUUCUUUGUCCUCAGAUUGUGUUAGGAAAUUAAAUUUAUUUUUUUAAUCUAUUGUUUCUGUCUGUAAAUUCAUAUCUGUUUUCUUCUUCUUCAAUCAUGGGUGUCGCCGUUCUGAAUCCGGAAGAUUGUCUCAAACAUCAUUUCUCAAAGCAAACUCUAAUUUCUCCGACGAAGUGGAACCACCCCAAAAACCCUACAUCUAAUCGGACUAACAAGUCCCCGCCUAACUGGAGGAAACGUUCUCCGAACACCUCGCCGCCGUUGAGGGCCAUCGUGGACUCAACUGAACUCAACUACGCAACCUCAAUCGCGGGAUUUACAAUAGCUUCCAUUGUAUAGCGUUAUUUAGAUUCGAUUAUGGUUGUUUUCCCGGUGGGAUUAGUGUCUGUUGUUAUGUUUCAGUAAUCUUCGUCAACAAAGUCUCCGGUGGAAGUGAUUUCUGGUGGUUCUAUAGCAAAUAAUUUAGUUUGAUUAUCAUUAGGUGUUUGUUACUGUUUAAUGGACUCUGGUCAGUAAUUGCUUUUCUCUUUGUUUUGUUUUGGGGGGUUCCUUUCAGUAUUUAUCAUUAGUCUCCGGUGGGAUUAGUGUCUGUUGUUUUGUUUUGCUUUUCUCUUUGUUUUGUUUUGCUUUUCUCUUUGUUUUGUUUUGGGGGGUUCCUUUUAGUUUGAUUAUCUUUGUUUUGUUUAAUGGACAAAGAAAGAUGAAUCAGGGAG